CAGCAGUCCCUGCAGAGCGCACAGCCGUCUGUCACAGAGAGCACCUCCGGUCCUUUACGGGAUUUCAAAGACAACAAGAGUGGAUAAACUUAAGCGAACAAGGAGUCCACACAGGUGAAGUGAGGACAAGGACGAGAUCUGCAUCUGCCCCAUCUGUCCGUCAACGAGCCAAGUGCCUCGGUGCCGGCCACCCUCAGGUCACCUCAACCACGACGGGCGCCAAACAACAAAAGUCUUGACCCGGCAACCCUCAGACAACCUGCACAAAGCAAAUAUUUGAAGCCAUUAUAUCUAAUUUCUCCAAGGCAGCCGUCAGUGAAACAGCAAAGGGUGUUGUUAGGAGACAGAAAGAGAGAAGAAAAAGUGGGGGAGGAAAAAAUAACCCUUUCAAAGUGCACCCUUCCUGCUAUUUCUGCUGCGUUGUGGGCAGGGAGCGUCUCAUUUGGGAGUGCUCUUGGCUGACAAAAAAAAGGCCUUCCCUGAGCCCUGCCUGCCUAUCGAAAUGCCUGUGUAAAUACUGGAUAGAGAUAUCAAUUUGUCUGGGCUCUGACAUUGUCCAACAAAGAGUUACAGCUAUCUAUAGAAAACGUUACAACAAACUUGGACUCUUGUGUCUCCUGAACUGCAACACAUCGUGAGAACAGGAAUAAGAGCUGCCACGGUUUUCUGCACCUUGAAACCUAGAAACCAAUCUCUAGACUUGAACUUUCAUAAGGCCAACAACUGCACUCUGGGGGACACCAGAGGCUGUCAGUCAUUUGUAGGCUGCAGUUUUGAUGUCUUUCCCAGCUCAGUAAAUAAACAUGAAGCCCCUAACGCCAAUUGGAUCCCCCUCCCCUCUGAGGCUCCUCAACAAGGGUCCAGACUACCUGCGCAGGACGAUAGAUGGUGGAGGAUAUGGACGCUCAAUCAGCGCUGUGGAGAGGCUUGAGGCGGACAAAGCCAAAUAUGUUAAGAGCCAGCAGGUGAUAAAUACCAAACAGGAGCCUGUGCUGGUGCCCUGUGCUACCCCACCACCACAGCCCCGGCGAGCUUUAUCCACCCCCGGCAGUCUGACGCCUCGUCUUCCCCCACGCAGUUCAUCAAACACCCCCUACUCCACACUCUCUGGCUCCUUCACCUCAAGAGAUGAGAAUGAAAAUGAUGACUCCAGGAAGGAGAACAGACGGACUUCUGUUGACGUUCAGGCGCAUAACCAGAGCAAUGUGAACAAUGUAUUGCCUCCCAACCCCAGGACUCCUGGCAUCAAUGCCUUGGUAGCGCCCCACAGUGCCCCUGUACUCAGAAGAAGCAAUGGCAAACGCAUGCUGAGGCCAGACUCCCUCCUCAUGUACAGGCAGAAGAAAGAGUGCAAGAGCCCUGAAGGUGCAGCAGUUGGAGAGAACAAUAACAGUGAAGUGAAGGGAUACAGUUUUGUCCGUCGCCUCUUCCAGGGCUCCAUGAGGGAGAAGGGUAGCGGAGGUGAAGGCAAGCUCCAGAAGAUGGUGAUCGGUGAAGAGAAAGCGCCAUCACGGGAUGGAGAUUCCCGCAUGUCUUGGACAAAUGACAAAGACAAUACUGACGUAGGUCCGGGGAGCAGGAGGUCGAGUAAAACUGACCAUGAUCGCAGCCCAGGGUCGAUCUCCAGCCCUGGGUUUAGCUGUGGGCUUGAACAGACUAAUAAUGGAUUUACAAACGGUACCAGUGAUGGUAACACCAAUGACAACCACUCAAGUAACCAUGAUGAUGAGAACGACCCAUGGAAGCGGGCGUCACCACCACCAACACCCAGAAAGCAGUUUGGGGAGCUGCAACGCUCCCAGUCUGACCUGCGUCUGCGCUGCUCGGUAGCGUUGUCAGAGCAGGAGAAUUUCUUUGACUUCUGCGGGCUAGAUGUGGACAUGAUUGAUCGUCUGGGCCGUGAUAAUUUCCUCUCUGGGGCCAGUUCCAUAGACACUCUCUCGCUGGCCCUCCGCAGCGUAGCCGGGGGUGGCUGCGGUGGCUCGGAGCCCAGCGAGUUCUCGCAGCACUCAGGAGACGGGCUGUUUCAGGAGGAGCUGGCUGAGCAGCUUCCCACCGGUGUAUCAAUCAUUGAGAGGAACGCUCGUGUCAUCAAGUGGCUUUACGGGUGUAAGAAUGCUGCUCGAGAGGGACCCAAAGAGUCUACUGUGUAAUAUAGGGACAAGGAACCAUGCGUCAUGGAGUGCUGAUGUCUGGAGGGGUUCCUCUGACAAGAACUUAUUUUUGAUAGAACCUUAACACAGGGGAUCUGUACAUCCUCUCCAAAAGAGAAGGAGCUGUCAGUGCAGAAAUGUGCUGAUAAGAUGCAUUACAAACUCCAAGUCAAGCAUAACAUCAUAACAGAGUUAGCACUCCAAAGCACACGAUAACCUUUAGUCCCUUGCUCCUUCUGACUCCAAAGACACUGUUUCUUCAAACAACUGCAACAACUGCUAUUAGUUAGUACAGGGCAAAUUGAUAUAUUGUAUUUAUAGAUCUUAUGGACCUAUUGUGUGUGUGUAGAAAGACCUCACUGGUGAAUGAAACCAAAUGUCUUGGUGUGUGUGUGGAGUGGACCUCGCUGUCCUCUCGAUUUGUAGCUUCUUUUCAGUUAUCGACCGAACUGAACAGGCCCCUGCGGCCCCUCACAAGGCACAUAAGUGUAUGUUUGUCAUGACACAGUUUAAUGUCCUUGGCACACACACACACUCACUAAAUGACUAAAUUAAAAUGAAAAAACCACUAAGCUAUGUUUUAUCUAAAACUGGAAAACUGUUGUGUGAGUGUGAAGUGAACCAUGAGUACCUCAUUUGGAUCUGUCCCAGUUUAGUUUGUGUGUUGGUUUUUUUUUUACUCCCUAAACGCAGGCGUUGGAACAAACAUGGCAAGGACCCCUGUGGGGUUGUUAAUGCACUGAACUGGACGGACAGAGAGAGAGAGGAAAUAAAGGAGAUAUAGCUUUGACUCCACAGAGAUUCAUCUCAUGUAACGGUAAACACUGAGAUUGAUUCGUGGAAGACAAGAAUCCAUUUGUGACCAGCAAUUUUCAUCAUUUUCAUCUCAUUUUUAGUCUCUAAGGAGGGUUGAUUCUCGCGUUUUAUGAACACUGUUCAAUAAUCACGUGACAGUCAUUGAUUACCGCAGCUCAUGCUUCGUGUCUAUUGAGUGAGUACUGUAAGCCACAUGGUUACACAAUCAUCAGGAAAUGUUCCUGUAAGAGCAAUAUAAGCACAAUUUUAAACUCAUAUUAGAUGAGAAAGGAUUCAUGAAAAAAAUACAUGCACCUCUUAGAGUAAAGUAGCUAAAGUUGUCAAAUUCUGCCUGCAAAUUAUUUUAGGAUGUCACUUUUGCCAUCUGGCAGUUUAGAGGCAUUAACUUUCCCAUCUGGCUAAGUCAGUUUCCAUCAAAACAAGCAGGGGAGGCAGACGCCCUCCUUCCUCUGAUAAGCACAGAUCCUACCUCACUUCAUCCAUCCUUCAGUGACUUUCACUUUAUCUCCAUGAAAGGUCAUUUCCAUUGCUUGGCCUGCAUGGAGGAUGCCACAGAAAUAUGAACAUGGGGUCUGCAGAGGUAUGCAAAGGUUAAACUGAGAGGCGUUCUGGGUUGAGAGUGACUGAACUAAAUGGCACAAUAUUGUUUGUGUGUGAUAAAUGAACUCCAUUACUUGCAGCUUUGUUACGUUUCAUUUUCUGUAUUCAACAUCAGCAUGGCACACUCCUGAAAUCCCUCCAACCCAGACCUUUUAGUUUUAUAUUUCCCCUGUCAAAGAACGUUUGGUUGCAUGUUUACAAAGUGGCUCCAUGAAACUCUGAAUCUCUUUUUUUAUUUGACAUAAAAAUAUAUAUAUAUGAGAGAUUUAGUUUUUAUUCCAAAGAUGUUUGUGUAUAUGAUGUACACAGCAAAUAAACACAAAGAAUG